CUCUGCGACUGUAUAUUACAACGGUAAACUCAAGGUUCUUUUAUGUAAAGUUCGCCGUCUUCGCCGUGUAUAUAUAGGCGGUUUUGGUCAGUUUUCCUCUUUCAUUUACGCCCUCCUUUAGAGGCUACUAAAACUAUGGCUGCACAACAUAUGCAUCCCAGGGACUUUCUCAGCUAUGAUACCCUCUGUAUCCUGAAUGCGGGUCAUGUUUGCUGGUACUGUCUGCGCUCCUUCGUGGACAUGGCCACUGGCAAAAAAAGAUUCGAACAGAAUCGCUGUUCGGGUUGCAAGCGUGCUUGGUAUUGUAGUACAGAGUGUCAGAACGAAGAUUGGCAAAUCGGGCACAAAAUUCUUUGUAUGGCUUUCAGAGAAGCGAACAAAAGAGACAGGAUGAUGGGACACGAUGCGUCGGCCACGCGGGAAAAGCAAAUCUUAUAUCGGGAUAUAUGUGCAAACGCGUUCUCAAAACCCAGUGAUAAAUGUGAAUACGGCACAUUUCCUCUCGGAUUCAUAUUAUGCAGCAACGAGAUAAAAUGCACUGUCUGCUUACGCACACCGUUUCAGAGUGCGACGUACCACAACAUGACCCCAUGUCCGACGUGCAAAUUAGCUUGGUGGUGUUCACCGGAGUGUGCUGAAGGAUUUUACCAGUUCCACACCCCGCGACGUUGUGCUCAUAUGCACGACGUUGGUGCCGUCGAGCAUGUCACAACUGCCUAUGCCCUUGCUCGUCAGAGUAGACGUCAAUUUACGCUCCGAACCGAGCAACCCCGGAGUUCCCAUCUCUCUUUGUCGAGCCUCCGUGGGUGGGCGGAAUAUGGACACCUAUUCCCGGAUUUCGACCGCCUCGUACAUGAGAGUGCAAAGCAAUUCCGGCAUGCUCAUCCUGAUGCAGAGAAGGCCAUCGCUAUCAUGGCUAAAGAAGAGGCUAGUGUGACUCUCACCAUCCUGGCUGCGCUGGAAGAUACUAUUCCGGACUUGGCCCAGAAGAAGCGACUGUGUGUUCACGUAGUGGGUGCGGCGCACAGGGAGCUGUCCUGUACGAGGUUGAUGGAGGAGUUCUUGCAUUUCCUCCCCGACCUGCAAGAUAUCGUAGUGGUAUACGCUGGUCCAUCCGUCGAGCCACCUGCACCUGGACGAGGCCAAUCAAACCUAGCUUGCGCCGAGUGCCAGUACCGUGGCCGAUCGCGUACCUCUGUGUCCCGCGUCGGUCCAUAUGCUGACGCUGACGAAUCGCACCCACCAGACCUGAUCGCCGUCCUCAACUCUGGGUUCACGGAGAUGCAAACGGCAGGCUGGCAGUCUUCGUUGGAGGUGAUCCUGGACAGCGGUAGACCGGCGGUGUUCACUGCGGAGUCGCGGAUAGAGGCUGAAUGGGAGGAGAAGGCGCUGAGGGACAUGGGUGCACGUGUGAUCCAGGAUGUGGAGUUGAAUAAGUGGCGAGGGCUGAGUCCCACGUGUCCGAGGGAGAGGUCUAUUGUCGAGGGUAUCGUGUAUACUUAUUCUAGUCAGUACCGCCUGAUUGUUCAAGGUCGUGUGGGGCAGGACGGUGUUUCGUUAACCUGAAAAUUGACAACGGUUUCUUGUUGAAAUCUACUUCUCUCGCGAUAUCCAACCUAGAGACGACAAAGGACGCUGAGGAUCAAAGCCCCUAAGCCGAAAUAGCUGUACAUUUUGUCAGGGUCGAUGAUCUAAAUAUGGC